AUGCGGGGCGGCACAGACCUGGAGCUGCAGGCGCAGGAGGCUGCAGGGGGACAGGAGGCACCACACCCCCUCUCCACCUCUCUCCACCCCUCUCCAAUUUCCUUCUUGCGCUCCCGACUCCCUCUUCCCCUGCUCUCCGCUUCACCUUUCCCCCAGGUCCUGGUUGUUGAAGACGACAUAGUCAACUGCACCAUCAGCCGCCAACUUCUCGAACUCCUCUCUUGUCGCGUCACGCUCACACGCAACGGUCGUGACGCUCUUGACCUCAUGCGGGGCGGCACAGACCUGGAGCUGCAGGCGCAGGAGGCAGCAGUGGCGGCCGCAGGGGGCGCGGAGGAGGGCGCAGAGGUGGCCCCGCAGUUUGACCUGGUGCUGAUGGACCUGAACAUGCCUGUCAUGGAUGGGAUCAAGGCAGUCGAGCAGUUCCGAGAGUGGGAGGAGCUGGCAGAGCCGCGACGGCAGGCCACGCUCAUAUUUGCCGUCACUGCCAAUGUCUCAGAUGGCAACAUGGUGAAAUGCGCGCAGAAGGGCUUUGACGAGUUCCUGAGCAAGCCGCUGACGCCUGAGAAGCUGCUGAACCGCCUGCGCGAGGUGUGCCGGCGGCAAACCAUCCACCGUGCUCUCUGA